AUGGAAAUGCAUACAGGUAUGACCUAUUACAAUGAUGCUCAAGAUGGAACAGCCUUAGUAACAAAAACCUUGGAAUCUGCGAAUCACCUGACUCCACUGCAUAUCCCCCCGGGCCCACCUAUAUCACCAGAAAGGUAAGAAGUAGCUAUUCACUCUAUAUAUUUUUUUCAAUAUCUCUAUGUAGCUGACUUAGAUCUUAUACAGUGGUACCUCUGGUUACGGGGACGCGGGUGGCGCUGUGGGUAAAACCUCAGUGCCUAGGACUUGUCGAUCAUAUGGUCGGCGGUUCGAAUCCCCGCGGCGGGGUGAGCUCCCGUCUUUCGGUCCCUGCUCCUGCCCACCUAGCAGUUCAAAAGCACCCAUAAGUGCAAGUAGAUAAAUAGGUACCGCUUUAUAGGGGGAAGGUAAACGGCAUUUCCAUGUGCUGCGCUGGUGCUGGCUCACCAGAGCAGCUUCGUCACGCUGGCCAUGUGACCUGGAAGUGUCUCCGGACAGCGCUGGCUCCCGGCCUCUUAAGUGAGAUGAGCGCACAACCCUAGAGUCUGACACGACUGGCCCAUACGGGCAGGGGUACCUUUACCUUUACCUACCUCUGGUUACAAACUUAAUUCGUUCUGGAGAUCCAUCCUUAACCCAAAACCGUUCUUAACUCGAGAUAUCACUUUAGCUAAUGGGGCCUCCCACUGCUGCUGCGCCAACGCCGCUGAACAAUUUCUGUUCUCAUCCUGAGGUAAAGUUCUUAACCCAAGGUACUACUUCUGGGUUAGCAGAAUCUGUAACGUGAAGCGUUUGUAACCUGAGGUACCACUGUGGUAUGAAUAUAUUUAUUACGGCCACAAUGCUGUGUAUUGGAAUUAAGCCUCAUUGACUUUGAGGAGAUUUAAUUCUGAGUAAACACACAUAUAGGGAAGCGGGUGGCACUGUGGUGUAAACUGACUUUGCCUAUGCCUGGUAUACAUGGUUAGACUCAAACUGUUAGUCACUAUGAGCUAGGUGUCCAUGUGUCCUGCUUUAUGAGGGACAGUUCUCUGUUUGAAGGGCUGUCUGUUUCAAGUCUGAUAUACACAGAAACAACUCUGAGAAGAAGGCGAGAGAGUCUUCAAGUUGACUAUCAACAGUCAGAGCCUGGUCAGCAGUCAGGCCCGCUAUGGCAAGAUGCAUUAUAUUUCUUUUUAAACUGCAGCAAUUGCUUCCAAAUGUGAACCAAUACAUCUUAAUCAGCAUGUGCAACUACUAUGCAAAUCUGUGUCCUCUUUGACCUCCGGUCUGGUAAGUGGCCAUCCUAGCUAUGAAGCAAGCUUCACUCAGGUAGAGUUGUUGCAGCUGCUCUUUGGGAACAUUUGAUCUGAUUUCAGAUAUGAAGAGCUAAGGGAAAUAUUCCAGCUGCGCAGGCCCAUUGUGAAAGGAGAACAAGAAUCUGAACCCCUGUUGCCAGAAUCCCACAGAAUCUACGAGCCGCCUUACAAGUUUGAUCAGGAACACCAAUACUAUGGCAGUAACAGAGAUGCCCCGCUAAGGUAGGCUAUCUGCUUUCUCUCUGGAUGGCUGGAUAUUGGUGUUUAAAUCCAGAAGCCAAUUCAGAAAUGCUGGUGUCUCUUGGAAAGCCAAAAACUGAUGAGGACUAAACCUGGAAGAAUAUUUAUUUUAUAAAAACAUUUCCUCCAUCCUAUGGUCAAAAGAGACUGCCCAAUAUGAACAGAGAGCUUUUAUGAUCUAUGAUACACUAAGCUCACGUUUAAAAUACCUGCAGCGUUCAAGAAUGAGGCAUUGGUGUCUACAUCCUGAAAUUCUGCAGUUUUCAGAUCACUAUAUUAACAAGUAUGUCAUUAAUUUGGCAAUAGUGCCAUAGCAAAGGGCACUCCUAUAUACCUUGUGUGGCUUUGCAUUUAUGUUGGUUGAAUGGGUUUUUAUUCAGCAUUGCUAAGAUACACAGGUAUCUUCAUCACAAGAGUCAGGUCACAUAUAUCCUAAGAUUAAAACCACAAAUUGUAUUGUGACCCCUUUAAAGACAACUGUAUUAUAAAAUGGGCUUUUGUGGACUGGAUUCUGUGUCAGUUCAUAAAGGCUUGUGUGUUAAAGAUGAACUGCUUUGGCUUCCAUUCUUAUUGGUUUGCAGGAAGCUUAGACAACUUUGGCUAUUUGAUAAGCUUUCAUUCUGAUUUGUUUCUGGGGAGGUUAGAUGACAGAAUUCCACUUGAAAAUAAUAGCAGUCUAGAAGCACCCUUUGUUAUAUUUGCAGCAACAGGUUAACAUGGUUGUCUCUCAAGAUGUUGUUCCCAGCUAAGAUCAGACUGUCUUUAAAUAGCACGUGGAGCUCAAGUGCUGUUGUGGUUGUGCCUUUAGAUUUUGAUGCAGGGUCUCAGUCUUUGCAGAGAGCUAGCAGUUAAGUUAAUAACUGAAGAAAAUGUUCUCUCAUUGCCCUGAUGAAAACUUAGCCGGCUGAGAGAAACUUGAGCAUUGUGGGAUUAGAACUGCAGAACUAUAGUUAAGCCACCUGAUGGCACCAAAACACAAAAAGUGAUUGCUGCACGUUUUAGAACUGGAAUAAACAUAAUUAUUUGUUUGAAUGCCUGUUUCAUUCAGAAAGAAAGACAGUUGCGUUAUCAGCAUAAUGAAAAAAUUAGGAUACAUUCCAAGAGCAACUAUUGCAGCCCACAUGAGAUCCUUUAAAAAAAAAAAUCUAUUUGCAUUUAUACUGAUCCAAAGAUAUACAAAGGUUCAUUUCCAGUACAAAUUAUCUUUUAUAAUACACCAGAAUAAAUAAAUACUUUAAAAAAUCUAAUCUAAAAAGGAACAGAAGGAAAAAGAAGGAAAAAGGAAAAGAAAGAGGGGAGGAGAUAAAAAGAAUUCCAGUUUUCUGUCCUUCAGCUAAAUAGAGUAUUCACUCAUUAACAUCCACCUAUUCUAAUUUUUAUGACCCAAUAUUUUUUCAGUCUUCAAAUCCAGAUAUUACAAUGAGUCCAGUUGAGAUCCUGAGCUGUGCCCCUCCCCUACUAGGUGCUGAUGUAGGGAAAGAGUGGUUCCUUAUUUUAAAACAUACUUCCUUCCCGUGCAGUGUUUGUAACGUUUGUGGUUAAGUCUGGACACAUGUCAUGUCAGGAAACCAGCCUCCAGAAAACUGGAAAGAACAGACUAGAUAGAUUAAACCUGCUCUACACAUUCAGCAAAGUGGUUUGUUUAGAACUGCACCCCUUCAUAAAAUUGCUCAUCUUGCAAGUAAAAAACCUAGCACAUCUGGAAGAAAGGAUUGUCUAGCUGGGACCAUUCCAUGUUGCCCUACCUUUCUACUUGCAAAGAUUCCAUAUGCAGGUAGGUUCUGUACAUGUGGGCAACCGUGGGUCGAAGACAUUCUUCAUUAUUUGUUUUAUUGCCCACUAUACACGGAGCUUGGAGAUGGUUUCUAAAUCCCCUGUUUGUUCAAGAAAGCAGUCUCUCCUCGGCGGAGAGAGUUCUGUGAUUGUUGAGUAACUCUAACACCCGUGAGGCUCAUAAAGUCACCCUUUUUGCACUAGCAGCAAGAAAGAUUAGGAAGAAGGAAUUGGACAAAAUAACAGUAAAUUGUAAGGAAGAUUCUGAGGUCUAAAUUGAAAUACGCUGUAUGUGGUUGCAGAGGCUCCCUAUUCACAGUCUUGCUUGCAACACAUGGUUCUGUUUGUUCAAAUAGAGGUUUUGCUUUAUAUUUUAUAUUGCCUGUGUUAUACGGUUUUGUCAUGUCCUUUGGCUAGCACAAUAAAUUUACUGAACAGAACUAAACUACUUCCAGUGAGUUGUUUAUGUACGGGGAGGGUUCACAGAUGUGAUAUACCACCUGCAGUUUGAAAUGGCACAGUCUCUUUUACCACCUCAGAAGUCGACCGCCUCAUUGUACUGCACACAUGCAAGCCUUGCUCCCUAUAAUUUUUGGUUGCUGCUCCUGCUGUUAUUAAUUUCAUUUUAAAAGUGCCCUUCAGCCCAUAGGAUCCCAGGGCGGUGGACAAAAAUAAUCAAAUAGAAGUUUUCUGCUAGAGAUGCAGCAACAAAACUGCUAGCACAUUUGCAAAGCUAAGCAGGGUCUGGUCUGGUUUCAAAUUGGAUGGGGGACUGCAUGUUGAGAUUCCUGCCUUGCAGGGGGUUGGACUAGAUGACCCUUAGGAUCCCAUCCAGCUCUACAAUUCUAUAUGAUUCUAAAUACAGUACAAUACAAAAUACACUGUUUAAUAGCAAAAUAAUUAUCAAAAUCAAUAAACCACUGACGUAAAUAUUUUACAACUAUGAAUAAUUCAGUGCAGUGCAGACAAAAUACUAACUGAUGGAUUCCAAAUAACAUUUGUCUCCCAAAGUAGAUCCAUCCAAGGAGGCUUUCCUCAUUUUGACUCCUAACAUUGCAUAGUACUGCUGUUUGCAUCAUGUUAUAAUCCAUGUCCAAAACAUGGAGGACAUUUUAACACCAUCAUCAUCAAUUGAAUUUAUAUACUGCCCUAUACCCGGAGGUGUCAGGGUGGUUCACAGAAUAAAAUUUAAAUAUAAAACCACAAAUUACAUAAUCAAAAUAAAAACAACCCAAUAACCCCCCCCCAAAAAAAAACACGCCCCACUAUUUAAAAGGGCAUAGGAUGUCAAUCAAAUCAACCAAAGGCCUGAUUAAACAGGAAUGUUUUUGCCUGGCACCUAAAAGUGUAUAAUGAAGGCACCAGGUGAACUUUCCUGGGGAGAACAUUCCACAGCCACUGCAGAGAAGGCCCGUUCUCGUGUUGUACCUUCUGGUCCUCUCCAGACCGAUGGGUGAAAUUUACAAAGCUUUGAGUAUAUCCUAAAGCCAUUUGGCCAGAUUCAGCUGCAACAAUCAGAAUAGUCUCAAUUACAAUUGCCUUUUGGAAGUAUAAGGUAUCCUAUACACUGCCAUAAUUGGCUGACCUCUCUCUUAUUACAGACUUCCUGACUUGCCAGAAAAUUCAGAGGAGUAAGUAUAGUUAACUUACGUCUGUGUUAAAAUCUGUGUGUUUUUUAUUCAGAUAACAGAAAAAGUAUGACUGACAUUUUUAUCCAUUUCCCAGCCAAACUGGCUUCUAAAGCAGCUUACAGUUCAAAAUGUACAAUAUAUUAGGACUAUAUGGAGGAGUUUGCGGCUUCUAGUUCCUGGCAAUUGAUGCCACAGUCCAGGUUCCCAGCUCUUCCCCCUGAGGCGACAGAAAGAGCUGAAGAUGACCACAAAGGCUUGCUGAUGACGAAGACACUGCCCUUCCCUUUGGUUUAUUGUUAAACUAGUUUCUGUAUAAUUUAUUGGCUAGAAAAUGAUGGCCCAAGCUCUCCACUGGACCUCGUUCCAGAAUUCUGCAUUACCCUUCCUGAAGUGCAAAAACAGUUAAGAAAGAAAGAAAACAAGUGCAUUUAGCACUCCGGGUGCAGAGAAGGGCAGGUGUGGGGUCAUCUUCCUAGGAAAAGGGAAAGAAUUCAUGCUGAGUAAUGAUAAUAAUUUAUUCCUUGUACGCCAGCCACUCUGGGCAGCUUCCAACAGAACACCAAACAUCGAAAGCUUCCCGAAACAGGGCUGCCUUCAGAUAUCUAUGAAAAGUCAAUUGUUUAUUUCCUUGACAUCUGAUGGGAGGGCAUUUCAUGGGGGGUGGGGGACUACCAAGAAGGCCCUCUGACUGGUUCCCUGUAACCUCAAUUCUUGCAAUGAGGGAACCACCAGGAGGAGCUGGACCUCAAUGUCCGGGCUGAACAAUGGGGAUGGAGACGCUUCUUCAGAUGUCCAGGGCCGAAACAGUUUAGGGCUUUAAAGGUCAACACCAACACUUUGAAUUAAACUCAGAAACGUACUGGGAGCCAACGUAGAUCCUUUGGGACAGGUGUUAUAUGGUCCCAGUGGCCACUCCCAGUCACCAGUCUAGCAGUCGCAUUCUGGAUUAAUUGUCGUUUCCGAGUCACCUUUGAAGGUAGCCCCAUGUAGAGAGCAUUGCAGUAGCCAAGCAAGAGAUAACCAGAGCAUGUACCACUCUGGUGAGGCAGUAGGAAUGCCCUUCCUCCCCAUGCCUUUGGCUCAUUCUUAGGACUUCUUUCUUUCUUUUUAAAAUACUGUUAGUAAAUUCUGGGUGAAAUGUGUUGCUGUAGCCUGUAGUUUAACAGCUGAAUCUCUCGAAUGAACCCAGGGCAUUCCUGUCAGCAGGUAUGGAACAGCUUGUAGAGAAGUCAAGGUAGAAGUAUGGAGCAAAAUUAAGGGAUUGUAUUUCUUCAUCUGAAAUCCAUUCCAAGCAACUGAAGCCCAUCAUGACCAUACAAUGUUCUUUGUCCCUGUCAAAAACUUUCUGCUGUAUUUGAUAGAUAUGAGAAGUAUCUAAGGCACAAGUCGCCAGCCAAUCCAGAGACACAUCUUGUGGCUGGCCGUCACCGGCCACUUCAUCCUUACGUCCACAAUAACAUCGACAUCACAGGUAAAGCAUUAUUCAUUUGUGCCUGUGUGCGGUUUUGGUUUAAGUCUUCUCAUGUCUUUUUCUCAUGUCGUACCUACGGGACCGCCUCUCCCAAUAUGCCCCACGGAGAGCCUCAAGGUCCAUAAAUAGCAACACCCUAGUGGUCCCGGGCCCUAAGGAAAUUAGAUUAGCUUCAACCGGAGCCAGGGCCUUUUCAACACUGGCUCCAGCCUGGUGGAACGCUCUGCCUCACGAGACCAGGGCCCUGCAGGAUCUGAUUUCUUUCCGCAGGGCCUGUAAGACAGAGUCAUUCCGCCUGGCCUUUGGCUUGGAGCCAAUUUGAUUCCCUCCCCCUCUUUCUCUUUCUUUUUCCUUUCUCCGCCUGUGAUGAGGCUGCAUUUUAGUAUUUUAAUGUUUCAGUAUUUUAAUGUUGUAUUUUAAUCUUGUUUUUAAGUUGUAUUCAUUCAGCUUGUUUUUAUUAUUGCUUGUUAGCCGCCCUGAGCCCGGCCUUGGCUGGGGAGGGCGGGAUAUAAAUAAAAAUUAUAUAUUAUUAUUAUUAUUAUUAUUAUUAUUAUUAUUAUUAUUUUAUCAGCUAGAGAAACUUAAUUUAAAAACCUGCUCUUAGGAUAGCUGUAAAGAAGAAGUGUGCAACCAGAGACCCUCCAGAUAAUGCUAAACGACAAUUCCCACCUGCCUUAGCAAUCUUAGCCAAUGGCUAAGGGAUGAUGGGAGCUGUAGUUUAGCAUCUAGAACACUAAAUGUUCCCCAUGCCUGUUGAAGAUCAUAUUCUCAACUGUAUAAGAUAGCAGACCUCUCUAGUUAGAAGCUUUAAGGCAGUUCUGUGCAUUAUCUUGGGGGAAGAGGGGGAGCAGAAAUAUUUCCAUAUAACUGGAGGGUAGGAGUCAAACCAAUGGCUUCAAGUUACAAGAAAGAAGAUUCUGACUAAACUUCAGGAAGAACUUUCUGACAGCAAGAGCUGUUCAGCAGUGGAACGGACUCUUAACAAGAGGUAGCGGACUCUCCUUUCUUGGAAGUUUUUAAGCAAAGGUUGGAUGGCCAUCAGUCAUAUAUGAUCUAGUUAAGAUUCCUGCAGUGCAGAAGGUUGGACUAGAUCAGGGGUUGGCAAACUACGGCCCCCGAGCCGGAUCAGGCCCGCCUGGGUCCUAAAUCCAGCCCGAGAACCUGCCGUGAAGAGUUACGCCUGCCCUUCCCCCACCCCAUUCUUCCCAGUGUGCAUAGGAAUUCAUUCAUAUAUAUUUUUCAAAAUAUAGUCCAGCCCCCGACAAGGUCUGAGGGAAAGUGGACCGGCCCCCUGCUGAAAAAGUUUGCUGACCCCUCGACUAGAUGUCCCUUGGGAUCUCUUCCAACUCUACCAUUCUGUGAUUCUAUUAUUUGUUAUGCUACCUUUCCCAAAAGGCAGGUAUGACAUACCUGGUAUGUGGAGGAAACAUUGACCAUCUCUGUAUGCAGGGCUUGCCCAUCUCCCCCUCGUCUGCACACUUCUUCCCAAAUGCUAAGCAUCCUCUGACUCCAAGAUCCAUGUAAGGCUCAAAACUGUUUUGGAAUCAAUAGAAAUCUGCUGGUGAAAAAACCAUCAGACUCAAAUCUACUGAGUCACAGGAGGCUAAGCCACAGACUCAAUCCUGAUGGCUGAACCUUGACUUUUGAAUUCAAGCUCUGUAUAGGUGCUCAUAACAUAAUGGGUUUAUUGGCAGGGUUCCAUAGAGUUCCUGGUGGGGCUUUUAACUGAGGCCUGUAGCAGGAUUUUUCCUGUUCCAAGGAAAGGGGGAGGGAGAUCCUGGAGAUUAGGAUGUAGUGACAUUAUCAAGCCUCCUUCAUCCGGCCAGUCCUGCUUUUGUUACUUUAUAUAUCUGUCCAUGCAAUACAAAUAUAUGCCACUGAAAGCAAGGGCUUUACAGCUGUGCCCCCAAUAUCUUCUGAAACUGAGGGACUGUUCUUCUCAGCCUGAUUUUUCGGACAAGCCAUCCCUUCUUUAUCUGUCUAUUGGGUUUUGCCCCUUACGAUGCUUUCAACUGGCCAAUACACACACAUUUGUUUAUUUAUUAUAUUUAUAUAAUGCCCAUCAUCCCAAGAUCUCAGGGUGAUUAACAAGAUAAAAUAUAAAGCAAAAGCAAAAAUAGUUAAAACAAAAACAACAAAACAAUAACCCCUCCUUCUGCAAACACAUUUAAAAGGUUAAAAGAUUAAUUAGAAUAUUAAUCAGCCAAGGGCUGGUUGAAGAAGAAUGUUUUCACUUGGUGCCUAAAGAUGUAUAAUGAAGGUAGGGGGAUGCAGGUGACUCUGUAGUCUAAGCCACUGAGCCUCUUGGGCUUGCUGAUCAGAAGGUCAGCAGUUCGAAUCCCUCCAACAGGGUGAGCUCCCGUUGCUCUGUCCCAGCUCUGCCAACCUAGCAGUUCGAAAGCACGCCAGUGCAACUAGAUAAAUAGGUACCGCUGCGGGGGGAAAGUAAACGGCAUCUCCAUGCGCUGUGGUUUCUGUCAUGGUGUUCCAUUGCGCCAGAAGCGGUUUAGUCAUGCUGGUCACAUGACCCCAAAAGUUGUCUGUGGACAAAUACCAGCUCCCUCAGCCUGAAGUGAGAUGAGUGCUGUACCCCAUAGUCGCCUUUGACUGGACUUAACCGUCCAGGGGUCCUUUACCUGAAGGUGCUGGAUGAACCUCCCUGGGGACAGCACACCACAAUGUAUAUGCGUGUUUAUUUUUAUUUUAUUAUUCCAGUUUUAAUUUUUCUCCUUUUCCCCCAAAUUGCUUUGAAUGCAUUGAAAAAGUAGCAUAACAUCUUUUAAAUAAAUGAAUGAAUGAAUGACCAUACUGCGCAUUCCGACUUCUAUAAACGUGUUGGCAAUAACGCAAAACGGAUUACAGGCAAAGGGAAGUAAUGUAAGAGGAAAACUUCAUGAGACUACUGCAGUCACAGAACAUUUGUCCAGUUUAAAUGCAUACAGUGUUAAGAAGCUUUAAUCAUUGGGAAGUAAUGGCAUUAAGCAACAGGUCAAGUUGAGUUAAGGAGCUGUUAUCUCCAACCACCCAACACCACAACGCUGAAUAAGAACGCUGAAGCACCUUGUGGGAUCUUUGCCUAGUAAACAAAGGAGGCUUGUAAGACAUUAUUGUACAAUAGUGUGAUUAGCAUUCCUCCUCCUAAACUUUCUCCCGUCUGCCUGUACUUUAUUCUAGACUGGCUCUAAGCAGUACAAAGAUGGAAAGAUGUGCGGUUCUAUUUUUGUUUUGCAAGGGACCAUCAGAGGACAAGUUCUAUUCCAAGCAAAGCUUAUCAGGUUAAGAAUUAUGGCCUUCUCUGAGGAAUUCUUCAGCUGUGUUCCUUUUUUGCAUUCAGACGCUGGCAGCAAAAUAAUUGUACACCGAGUGUGCACCAUACAUUUAAAAUACACACCACCACCACCAACCCGGAAAGAAACCUGGGAACUUUGGUUGACCCUUCACAGAGCACCCUUAACAAAUUACUGUGCCCAAGAUUGUGCUUUUACUGUAUGGCGUGUACUCAGCCAAUUUUGCUCCUCUUCCAUAAACAUUGUUAAAAAUGCUCUGCAAAAGAUGGUAGUCUUCUGCCUUCUGCCCAACCGGGACACAGGCCAAGACCUCCUGGUAGAUCUCUGAUUUGCGGUGGAUGAGGAAGCAUUUCUUGACUAUAGCAAAGUAGCUGCCCCCUUCCAAGUCAGAUUCUUCUUCUUCUUACCUGAGCUGCUUGAAUUUCAUAUUAUGCAACCAAGUAUUUCCUCCUGAAUUUUAAAGGUGGCCCCGAAAGAGACGAAAGAGCUGGCGAACCUUUAGACAGACGGCUUGGAUACUUUCCUGUAGGUAAUCGCGACUAUGGUUGGGGAUUUUAACAAUAGAGGGAGGGCUAGGGCUCAGCAAUCAAAAAGAACCAGGUUCAAUUCCUGGUUACCUCCAUCUUUAAGAAUAAAAUAUUGAAACCUCAAGUAACAAAGAGGUCUUGGAGACAGCUCUGGCAGAGUAGACCAGCCUUUGCCAACCAGCUUCAUGGACUAUAUUAUUAUUGUUGUUGUUGUUGUUAUUUAUUAACUGCCUUCCACAUAUUUAUCUCGAGAUGAUGCACAAAAUAAAAACGACCUUUUAAAAAAGUUUAAAACAGAACAAUGACAGGAAAUGAUUUUUUUUUAAAUCAUACAAAGUAGACACGCCCAUGGCAGAGGCAAUGCCUUCUUUGAAUGGAGGAGGGAGGGUGGCAGAAUGUGUGUAGAAAAUAUCCCACAGUACUAAGGUAGCAUUCAUUUUAAUGGCUCCAUCCUCUUUUGCCUCUGGUCCUGACCUCCACUGGCACAUGGCCUCCGGAAGGUUGCUCAAAAGGGAAUGUGGCCUUCAAGCUGAACAUAGCUCCCCAUCCCACCCCUAGACUCUUAUGUGGAAAGUGAAUCCAAACUUUUACCAUCCUCAUUCAUUUGCUCCCAAUUGGACAGAUUUCUAAAACCACGUUUUAAACCUUGACAGCUUCAAUUUUGAAAGUUGUGUCCUUCCUACCCUCUCAGCAAACACUCACACAGUUCAAGCAGGAGAAUUUAGCAUGCCUGUUCUACUUUUUAUUCUCAGAAUGGCGAUGAAAAUGGUCAGCCAGGCGACCCAAAUGCUUCCCCAAAGGCGGGCCGCAAGAAGACUUCCAAACCCCCGGAGCUUGACAUUUCAUUCAGAGCUGCCAACAUGCUGGAAAAUGUCAAAAAGGCCCUCUGGUUGUCGACUUACAAGCGUGACUACACAGGUACACACCUUUUAAACAUGAGAGAUUAAGGCUGGAACACAAAAUACCUACAGAUAAAGCAUCUUGAGAUUUGCUCUGCAUUUUCCAAAAUAUUAUGAUGAGGGGAGGUUUUUUUGGGGGGGACAGUCUUGAUGAUACCUGGGCUCCCAAUUAUUGGGACCUGGACCUGUAAGGCUGGAAUGUAUACGAGGGAACCUGCAGAAUGGGUCAAAUUUAUAAUGGUAAUGGCUUUAGUGCAGCCUUCGUGAGCAUCUCAAAGAAGGAGCUAAGUGAUGCUACUCUCCAGGAAAGAGGGCCACGGGCAUCUUCCCCACUCCCUUCACCUGACUAAAGGCCACAUGAUCCUAGGUAAAAGAACAAUGCCCAGAAUUGGUAUACCUGUGAGGAGGGAGCCGGAUGUUAAAGCUGCAGACACAGAGACAUGACUUUGUGUCUCCACUGGAAGUUUAAGGGGAAGCAAAAACUACAGGGGGUUUUGUUGUUGCUGUGAGCCACUCCAUCCUAUGCUUGGGAUAUAUAUGUGUGUAAAUAAAACCAUUUAUCCUGGAGACACCACCAUCUCCAUUGGCUUUCAUUCGAAGGAAACCAAAUCCUGGGUUAAGCACAGGUACCCCUGGAGUCUCUAAUAGCUUGGAGACUGGGGUAACACAUAACAAUAUUAUUGCUAUUUUUCAAAGAAAAUACUACAUAUUACAUAUUAACUUCCUAAACUGAUGUCAACAUUGUUUUGCUUAAGGUAAAGGUUCUAUGAACCCCUUGCUGCUGGAUGACCAUGAUCCUAAGAUGAUUGGCAGAGCAACUGGAGAACUGGGCAUGGACGUUGAACUCGUAAGUAUGGCAACUAGGACCUUUCAAGCUGAUCAUUCCCUUCCGUUUCUGAUGUUCAGGCUGUGACUGCCAUUGAUAAUGUAGCCCGAAGGGCAGCACCCACCCACAGCACCCAAGAGGGAGAUAUCAAGCUGGGAGGUGGGCACGGUGGUUGCAGAAAUGCAAAAACAAACAAACGUGUCUCUAAGGGAAGGGGGAAACCACAAAGCAGCCCAAUGAGAACUGAGCAUGCUCAGUUUCAUAGAACAGCCAGCUGACUGUCCUAGAAAACCAGGUGGGAAGGAGAAUGGAAUGGAGAGGCUGGAAUUCUGAACAGCAACACUCCACGCUGCAACCUUAUUGUUGCAAGGCACUCUUUUUCUAUGCAUUAGCUUUGUUCGUGAUGAGACACGUUUUAUUGAUCCGUGGUGAUGAAAUGUCUUCAUUAAAGCUUUUCUUUAAUGGAGUGGAACAAAUAAACUGUUAUUACUAAUAAUAAUGGAAAUAAACAGUAAAAAAAAAAGGUAAUACCCUGGACAUAACUGUCACCUUGCAAUGCCUACAGUGGCUUCUAAUCUUGCAUCGACACUGAAGUUGCGAUCUUUUCAGCACCAGGUUAAGAUUUUCCUCUUUGAUAGGGCUGGGCGACAUAUCACUAUAUCGUCCAAAACCAGUUUGAAGUCCACAUUGUGGUAUCGGCUUCAUAAUUUUUGACCGGGCAAUAUAUCACGAAUCAUGAUGUGUGUUUGUGUGUGCUAUGCAAAAAAUCGCAAUGUGGGGAAAACCGUGAACCCAGACGAUGCCUUUAUACAUAGCUCCAUCCUUAUUUCAGACAUGACAAUAUAUCAGUAUAUCGCAAUGUUUAGCUGGUGAUAUAUCACGCUGUUGAAAACCAAAUAUCGCCCAGCCCUAUUCUUUGACCACACAUUUUUAAAGGGUUACAUCUGUCCUCCAGUAUGUUUGUUCGUUUCAUAGAUGUUGUCUUUUGGUUUCUUGUAUUCUCUUGUUGCUAAUAUUACCAUACACUGCCCUGGAAUUUGCUUGCACAAAGGACAAUUUAUUUAAAUAUUAAAUCAUCAAGCAAAUGAUAUACAGUAUCUAGUUUGGUCCUAUAACAGAAAUGGGGAAUUUCUGGCAUGGCAGAUACUGCUGGACUACAACUCCCAUCACCCCUGACCAUUGGCCAUGCUGACUGGAGCUGAUGGGAGUUGGGAAUCUAACUGCAUCUGGAGAGCCAAAAGUUCCCCAUCGCUGCUCUGAGAGUUGUAUUUAGAGAACAUCACUAUAAACAGAAAGGGUAGCUAUCAAUCCCAAACGAUCUGUUUUUCAGAGAGAAUCAUUUCCGUCAGCUGAGACUCAAGUAAGACCCUUAGAAGGACGUAUUGCUCGCGCACUUCAAGGCAAACCAAUUCGCCCCUAUGACCCUCAGCAGCAGGAUCCUGGCUAUAUUUGUGAGCACCCACCUCAAUGGACAGGCGAGUCACUCAUACGCAAAUGUUUAGAUGCGGUGCAGAGCAGCAGUAGGCAAAUGCCUCCGGAAACAGACAGCGGAGCAAAAAAGAGAAUUGAGGACUUCCCACAAAAUCAGAUUGAUCGUCCGGUAGGUAACCCAAGAGAAAGCAUGAAACAUAUAAAACUUCCGUGGAGCAGGUUUCAGAAAAUUACAGAUACUUGGAAGACGGAGAAGUUGUAUCAAAGGCAGCUUGCUGUCCCCCCCGAACCAGAGAUUGUUGUGAAGCCCGCUGAAUCCAUUCGCUACGAAGAUCUGCCCCCCUCCCGCUUAAGCAAUUACAUUGUAUGGCACCAUCCCAUCAGCCUCUCUAAACCAGGCCCAACGGAGGUGAGCUUUGAAACCUGUGACGACAUCCCGGGUGCUCAAUGUGUUCCUAAUGUGUUCCCAGGGAUCGAAAGCAGGUCCAGUUUCCCAGAAUGGAUUCCUAACUGCGGGAUAGCUCGGCCUCAGACAAAAUUAAACGAUAUGCAGUAUUGUUUUAGGAAGGGUGAAGCCAUCAAGCGCCUGAGUGAUCUAACUAGAGGAGGAAUAAGGGACCUGAGGGAUCACGACAGGAAAGGCAGAAGGCACAAAUUCUACGGCGUGAAUGCCUAUCACUAUAACUGA